CGUACGGAGCUGCGCCCGCGCCUUGAGUCCAAAUCAGAGUCCGAGCCAAGUGUGAAAAACAUAUAAAUGCGAGUAUACGCAAGUCGACGCAGUAUAGAAAAUAAAAGUUAAUUGAAGUUGGGUGUUUAACAGACUUUCGUCGGUUUUUGCACGAGAGCGAAAGUUGCGUGCCCAAGUGGAGUUUAAUACAUUUUUGUUUAUUAUCGAAACGAACCAAAAAUUCACACCCAAGAAGCCCAGAGAAAAAGCGUAAAAAUUCGAAAGACACACCGAAAUACAAAAGCGUGUGAAACCAUCGACUGCAAAGCAGGUCACCAGCAACCUUCAUUCCGAUUCAGAUUGAUUUCAAUUUCGUUUCCUGAUAUUGGUCUUCCUCAAGAUGCCAGCUGCCAGCUCACAUCCCCGCUUGUUUUUCUACUUGCUGUGCGCCGCCUCGCUUUUUGCCGUUUCUAAAUCGGAUACCGGUAGUACAAAGAACUCCUAUUUUACGUCCUAUUUCUACUAUUUGGCUAUUAACUUUAUUAAUCCAUUUGCAAUGCCGAUAUUUUAUCGCUUUGUAAAUGUUUUGCCACUUCAGGCUCCUGCCGACGACCUAGCAUACGAUGCUGCUCUACAAUUGGGCUUGCUCAACCAUCGUCUUAACCUGCUCGCCCAUGAGGAGGAGUCGAGACAACUUAGUUUGCCCAAUAUAACACUAAACAAUCUCGUGAAUCGCAUACCCUGUAGCUGUGACACUGGGCUAUGCAAAUGCUGUGCGGGUUUCCUCUCGGUGAUCGGCAUGAACAGCUGCACAGAAGUGGCCUACCGUCCGGAUGAGUUUUCUUUCGAGUUGCGCAUGCGCGUUAACAACAACAUUUGGUUCCGUCAGAAAGUUUCUGGACAGAAUCCGCCGCCGAUGUGCUUCAGACCGCCACGAUUCAACUUUGCCAGGGCUUGCAUUCAGUUCCAUGACAUUUGGUUUGUGGGUCGUAACAUGCACGUCUGCAUGUACAUGUCCGGGGAGUUUCAGGGCUUUGAAUUGUUCGAGAGGAACUUUGAUUGUCUUUUGUUUGGCGAUCACGGCGUCAAGAUCGUCCCACCAGAGCAGAGCUAUCCGACGAGACCAAAUGGGGUGGACAUCGACGAUGGCGAUGACGAUAUUGAGGACUAUGAUGAGAAUGUUGUUCGCAGUUUAGCAGAAAAGAUGAUUGGCUAACUGGCACGACUGGACUAAUUUAUUUAUUUAUGUACUAUAUUUAUAAAUUCCACACUAGCAGCUAAUA